CAGACUCGGACGUCAUCUUGCAGGCUUUCAGGGGCCCUCUACAGCUCCUACCCGGUGUCUCGCUGCAGGAGGCGCGUGGUGACUUGCCAAGCUAUCAAGCCUAGCACAGACCCUACCUCAACGCAAUCCGUCUCUCGACACGAUUCACGAGUCAUCGCUAUACCAACAGAACUUGUACCGCCAUGUAUCAUACGACUUUUCCUAGCAUUGCACGCUUUGUGAUGGAUGCUAGCUGCUAGCGAUGGACAGCAGGAGCAUCAGACGAGAUCUUGCAGCAACCUUGGGGGAGUUCAUCGGCACCUUUAGCUUUCUGCUCUUCGCUUUCGGNGGCCUNCAAGCUGCAUCUCACGCUUCGACANCGUCAGCAGCGAGCCCAGCAGNAUUGUGUUACGUCGCUCUGGCGUUUGGUGGAUCACUCGCAGUCAAUCUGUCAAUAUGGUACCGAAUCUGUGGGCUGCCAGCGAACCCAGCAGUCUCGCUUGCACUGCUUCUCGUCGGUGCUACAUCUCCAGUGAGAUUCGCCUUGUUCAGCAUAGCAGAGUAUGCAGCCGGCAUAGCAGCAGCAGCAGUCGUUGACAAACUCACGCCGGCUCCCUUCGAACCGAUAGUNCAGCUAUCCGGCAUUUCNGCGGGAACAGCCGCCGCUAUGGAAGGNCUGACGACAGCAUUNCUCUGUCUGGCUGUACUNUUUGUAGCUGUAGAGAAGCAUCGUCUGACACCAUUUGCGCCNCUGGUUAUCGGCUCAUCGCUGUCGAUNUGUCUACUCUUUGCGAGCGAAUACGACUCGGCAGGCGUCAACCCNGCUCGCGCACUAGGNCCAUCNGUGGUAGGUCGCAAGUUUGAGCGGAGAUUCUUCGAGAGUGAGCCUCUGACGUCAAAGAUGGGUCUCGGCUGAACGCAAACAGUCUGGAUAUUGGCGCCAUAUGUNGGAGCAAUCUGCGCUGCCGUCAUCUAUCGUAUCUUCAAAGUGCUCGGCAUGGAUGAGCUCAAUCCAGGUCAGGACGACACCGGCAAGGCAGCUUGCGGACCAGUGGCACGCGAUCCCUUGCUUNACAAAGCGUUGCCGCCAUUGGACA